AUGAGACAAGAUCUCAAUGGAAACUCCCCAAAAAAGCUAUCAAGCAAGACAAAGAAGGCAACUUUUCGACUAUUUCUAACUGGUUUGUUGGUCAUCAGUAUCUUCGUGUUGGGGCUAGGGUUCAUUGUUGUGGCCCGUCAUGGGGAGAAUGAAAUAAAGAACGCGGAUUCGAACGCAAACUUUAUGGAAAAUGCUGCACUUCAAGUACACGGAUCAUCGGAAGCUAAGGGGAAUUUGUUUCACUUUAUCGUCAGCUCAGAUUGUACGUCAUACCAACGAUGGGAAACCUUAACCUUGCUUCAUUCCGCUGAAAGGGUAUCACAAUGUGGGAAAUUCACGUGGAUAGUUUCUGGUUGUUUGCCAGAAGGGUCUCAUGAAUUGGGAAAGGGCAAGGGUGGUGCUUACAGCGAUAUCUUGACUCCCAGUUUUAUAGAAGAAGCCCUGGACCGACAUUUUCCAAAUCGGAAACUUGACAAUCAAGAAAAAUCAUCUUAUUGUCGAGUUCAACCACAAGUACAUUUUACUCCCGAUUAUUCGGAUAUGAGUGUCUAUGGAGGACCUUAUGCAGAUGGAAAAAAACAAAGGUUGUUCAUCAAUCGUCAAGGGAAGGAACAGCAUGGCAACUUCGGCAACAAAUACAAAUUCAACAACAAGCCCCGUGGCUUGCUUCAUUGGAUACAUGAAUAUCUUAAUUCAACGUCCUCCAAUUCCUAUCAGAACGAUGUCAACGAGGCGAUUGUACUAAUUGAUCCAGACUUUCUAUUUAUGGCACCUUUCCAGCUACCCCAAGGGACUCUUGUCUCGCAAGGGAAGCCAGCAGGAGCCAGAUAUGGAUUGGGAGGUCAAUGGCUGGACUUCAACCGGACACAAAUUUGCGGGGCAGAAUCCCUUUGCACGAAGGCGACAUCGAAAGAUGUCACCAACUACUUCACAACAGGUCCACCUUAUGUUGUCCACAUUCAAGAUGUCCUGCCAUUGGCUUCAAAAUGGGCAGCGUUGGUUCCACCAACAUUUGACCAAUAUCCACUCUUGUACGCCGAGAUGUAUGCGUAUAGCAUGGCAGCAGCUCAUCUCGACUUGAAGCACAACCUUGUACGAGAUUUGUUUACAGGUUGUAUGGUAGAUUGGCCCAGAAACAAGAAUGACGAAGAAAAGCAGCUUGUUUACAAAUCCGCAAAGAGCUAUGUGGAGUGGUUUGCUGCGUCAGAAACGAAUAAGGCACUGAGAUCGGAAACACACCAAUGCUUGGACCCAGCAAUCAAGCCGCCCCCAUUUCUCCACUAUUGCAGAAAAUACGCUUUUCCAGUACCAUUCCCAGACACAAUACCGGGUCGGUCUCACACAGACAUAAAGGCUCCUUUUCACUUUUUUGCAAAGCGAAGAGUCGAACACACUGUACUAGAGUGUGCAAAGGGAAGUGAUGAAGACGUUUUCGUCCCAUUUAUCAAUGAAGAAAACGGCAAGUCCGAUGGAGACAUGAGUUGGAAUGCGAUCGCUGUAUGUUCGCUGACACAAGCAAUCAAUAUUGCUAGACGGAGCGGGUGUUCGGCGUAG